AUGACACACACUUAUGUGAUAGCAAACCAUCCUUGCUGUAUGGAGCCAAGCGAGAACUUAACGCUGGCGAUGGUGAUAGACGCGUUCGAAAUUUAUGGCCAUGAUCCCACGGACAAGCUGGAUCAUCUCGCCCAUUACCAGAUACAAAUGAUGAAGAUCAAACAUGCACCUGAUCAGUAUAUUAUCAAUGAAUUGGUACACAUUGCAACCGAUCAUUUAGCAAGAUUUAUACACAUGCAUGUUAAAGAGUUAAAGGUUUUACUAAUAGCUUUAGACGAUGCAAUCGACAACAUGCUGACAAUGUACGACAACCACAACGCUAUUAAAACUGAGAGGGUGGCUACAUACAACACCAUGGCGGGGGGCGCAGUGCCUGCUGAGUUUUAUAUGAGUCAAGAGUAUUAUUGCGGCAGAAACGUGUACAUAUUCAUAUCGGAAUUGUACAGCGAUAUAUACAACAUGGGGAGAGGCAUAACUCCGUACUGUAAGGGGAGGGCCUUUUAUUUUAUGGGAUUCAUACAUUUUAUGAAUGAAAAGAAAUACUUUCUUGAGGAAGAUCCAAACGUUGUGUUUUCAACGGACAAUUUUAUUCACGGACUAGAGUGUAACAAUGAAAUCUGUAUUUUCAGGUUUCCUUUCAAGAAGAGUUUGCAACACCUCCGUGAUGUAUCUACGCUUCCGAAAGCCAUAGUGAAGUGUGGCACAGAGAUGUACAAGCUGCCGCCACUUACCGCCGCCUCCUGCAUUAUCACCUCCGGCUCAUUCAUACUCGACUUCAACAUACAGGGUGUUAGAUUUCGACAUCACGAUUAUUUACUGUUUUUACCCAACGGCCACGCGUACUACACCAAAGAAAAGUAUUCGCCGUUAGUCUGCGACCAUCACGUAUGCGAGUGGAACUACACUAAUUUCUAUGGGGGUCCGUUUAUAAUCCCCGGUGAUCCUGGCACCGGCUUAUCGCCUGUGCCUCCUUUUAUCGAGCAGACGACAGAGACGUUUAACAUGAUGACCACGGACACUCCUGAUGAAUCGACAGCGAACAUUACUUACACACUUGAUGGAUGCUGGUACAUGUUCCCGCCUAACUAUGGGUCAAUAGCUGGCAUUAGUUAUCUCGACCCACUUACUGUCAACGAGUAUCGCUUCACUUGUCAAGGAUCGGGCAAUAAGGGCCUAUACUGGUAUCCACAAUGGAUGGGAGCACCUCCCCACCAUCCGUAUCCUCGUUCGGGCGACGGCUCCGCCAAUUUGGGGCAACCUGUGGACCCUAUUUUCUAUCCUCACCAACAAGGACAAUCGCCCCCAGUACUCAUGCCAAAUAGAAAAUAA